AUGAUCAAAAUGAUCACAAUAAUAAUUAUUAUUAUUACAAUUCUAAUACUCUUUCUAUUUAUUUCUUUAUUCAAUUAAUAUAUAAAUUUUUUAAAGUUAUUCAAGGGGUCAAACCAAAAUAUAAUAUAUAUAAUAUAUAUAAUAUAAUGAAUAAUAAUGUUUUUAAAGACACAAAUAAAAAUAUACACAAAGACUCUUCUAAUGCUUUUAAUUUUUCGUACUUUGAUUUGAACGUAAAUAAAUUUAUAACAUUUUUUAAAAAUAUAGAAGAUGUAUAUAUUCAAAGGAAGGAGAAUUCCAACCUUCAAAAUAUAAAAAAAAAAAAAGUAGAUCAUAUAAAGCAUGAAACAAAAAAGGAAUCCAAAAAAAAUCAUAUCAUUAAUAAUAAUGAUAUUAAUAAUGAUUAUAUUAAUAAUCAUAAUGUUCAAAAUAAUUAUGACCAUAGAGGUAAAUUCAACUUUCUUAUAACACUCAGUGAUUCUAUUAAUAUAACAGAUACACAUAAAAAUGCUCAUAUUUUUUUCAAUAAUUUCAUUAAUACUGCAAAAAAUAAACACACAAACAAUAAUAUAAAUAUUAAAAAUUUAAACAUAAAACUCGAAAUUAUUAGGAUGAAGAAAAAGAAACAAAAUAAAUCCAACAAAGUUAAGAACAAAAAAAAUAAUAAAAUAAUAACAUAUUACACUCCACACAUAAAUAAUAAUAAUACUAUUAUAAAUAAAUUAAUAAACAAAAUGGAAAAAAGAGAAAAAAAAAAAAACAAAAAAAAAAAAACAAAAAAUCAUAAAAAACAAAAGAAUAUAGGAAAGACAACAAAAAUAAAUAAAUCAAGUAAACAAAUAAGCAAACAAAAUGGAAUAAAACAUAUAAAUGAAAAUAUAAGUGAUAAUAAUAAUAAUUAUGAUAAUAAUAAUAAUUAUGAUAAUAAUAAUAAUAAUUAUGAUAAUAAUAAUAAUUAUGAUAAUAAUCAAAAUUAUGAUAAUAAUCAAAAUUAUGAUAAUAAUAAUAAUUAU